CCCCGUACUUGGCCCUCGCCAAGUUCGCGUGCCACCAGUGUCAACAGAGUGCGCGUGUGUUCUUGUGGAGAGGCGGGCACUGGGGAGACAAAGGCGGCUGGGGUGGUGCUGGCCACCCACCCCCUCGUGAUUCGUGCCGGCCUAAAUAGAUGCUACUCGCUAACAGCACUUGGCCCAAGAGCAUGUUAAGGCUAUACGGGGGAUCUUUGUCUUGUUUAUGACCCGCCACCACAAAGUGGGAUGUGUAAGGAAAUACUUUUUAAUAUGUGGAACGACAGAAAAUGGGAAAGAGACCGUGUUGUCUGCGUAUUGUGUUACUGAUAUUUCCCACAACGACACUAAGACUUCUUUUGUGUUAUUUACAAUGUAGCGUUGCGUCGAACCGGGACCCAUUUGUAAUAGAGAGAGGGUCAUUGUCGAUCAACAUAUGGGCAGUUCACCAGCAUUGGUGUCAAGCGAGACCCAAGUCUGCUGAUGAGACGUUGAAAUGUCAAAACCGAUCCAGUGUUGACGACUGCCCACCAAAGACGAGAGCGCGACUGACUUGCGACGGGAUUGAAUUCACGAGUCUGAGUGAAUGCUGUGAUAGUUGAGUAGUGUGGCUAGGGGCCGCAGUGCACUGAGGAAAGCCAAACAUGACAAUUGGCUAUAUGCAUACAUAUAUACUCAAAGGUACAAAGAUUUACUGAGGAGUUGACUUGGCUGAGACCAUAUUUACGGCGGGAGACUGGGAGGAAAUUACGCACCCCAAUGAAAGCGGACUAAAUGUGUGACUGCUGGUUCAAAGAUAAUUAUUCAGUUACAUUCUUCAGACUGAGACUGUACGAAACGUCCGCAGAUUUCAGAUUUUCACACCCUUGCAAACAUGCUUUUUUAUCUUACUUAUUGCGUGUGUGACUUCACCAGCUAUUUGUUGCUGGUGAUGAUGGAAUCACACGAAAGACAAAGCUCCCCCGUGUCGCCUUAACGGACUGUUGGCGAGGAGCAUCGAUGAAGACCCUCCAGGGCUUCUUUCAACUUACACGACCACCAACGACGCGACCUCCUCCUCCACCACCACCACCACCUCCUCCUCCUCCACCACCUCCUCCUCCACCACCACCCACCCACCUCAUGGCAGUGGCCCCGAGCAGGAAGGUCUCGGUGAGACUCACGGCGCCGUCAGAGGAGACGCCGCGGGGCACACAGCGGCCACGUGGACCAGGGCCGAGCAUGGAGCUGCACGCGGCCGUGCGCAGCGGGGACCUGGCGCAGGCGCGCACGCUGCUGGAGGACGGGGGGGCCGAUCCGGGGGGGCGGGGGCCGGGGGGGGUCACGCCGCUCAUGCUGUGCGCGCUGCACGACGGGGAGGCCCGCGCGCUGGCUUGCGCGCGCAUGCUGCUGCAGGCGGGCGCGCGAGUGGGAGACAGCGAGCCGGCGGGCGGCUGGGACGCCAUCAUGCUGGCGGCGACGCUGGGCCGCGGGCGGCUGCUGCGGCUGCUGCUGGCGGCGGGCGAGGGGGGCGAGGUGGCGCGGCGCGAGCGCUCGGCGCGCAUGACGGCGCUGCACCUCGCCGUGUGGGCCGACCGGCCCCGCGAGGCCGCCGCCCUCGCCGCGGCCAUGCGGCGCCAGCGCCUGGAGCCCGGGGAGGCGCGGGACGCCCGCGGGAGGAGCGCGGCGGCCCUCGCCAGGGAGCUGGGCCGGGGCGCGUGCGAGAGCGCCGUCGGGCGGCCGGGCGAAGGGGCGGAGACGACGCGGGGAGACCCGGGAGGUGCGGAGGAGCGCGGGGAUCGGACGAAAGGUCGGGACGACGGGGGGACGCCGGGGGACCCGAGGGGAGACCGGGACGAUCUUAUGGCAGGGCCCGGUGGCCGGGAAGAGGGGGUCCGCCGGAAGGCGCUCGGGGACGAUGCGAUCGGUUUGGAGAAUCGAUACGACGCAAAAGUCGAGUUGGGUAAGUCAACCGUCCAACCGCGGCAACUGGAGGCGAUUCACUCGGAGGCGCGUCUGGGAGGCGGCAGCGUUGAAGCGGAGGCGCUCGCGAGGCCGACGGAGAUGCCCGCCGAGCCGUGCGGAGUCGCGACCGGCUCCCAGCGACCUGCGCGCUUGCUGAGCGGGAGGUGGACCAUCCCGCGAACGGACGGGCGGGGCCAAGGACCUGCAGAGGCGGCCUGGAGGUCGCCGGGACAACAGUUGGGUGUCGUCCUUGUGCAGGAGAUGGCGCUGGGUGCGAGGAGACGCGGGGCGACGGGGCCGGCGUGUCCGCAGAGUUUCCCGACGUUCGCUAUGCGACGCAUCCCAGCGUGGUUGUCUACGUGCGGUGCGAAAGAAGUUCAACAUACACAUAUUCAGCGCAAAUACACCGACGGUUGUUUUUACUCGCGCGAAUUGGCCAGAGGUGGCGACGCUCACGCCGCGCCUCCCGGCGUCUCUACGGCCGCUCUCGGCGCACCUGUGGGAGAGGUCGGAGCGCCGGCGCGCGGCCCACGCACGCACCUGCGCCUUCGCCCAGAGGAUGCACUCGUUCCGCUCGGGGCCUGGCGAACGCCGGGUAGCCGGGGCGGCGACCGACGCGGGGACCGCCGCCGCCGCCGUGACCACGGCAGGCGGCGCGAGGCCAACGGCGGCGGCGGCGGAGGGGGAGGAGGAGGGAUGGAGCGCCGGCACGCGGAGGGGAGCGGCGCCGGUGACGACCUCCUCCUCGUCGUACCCCACGUCCAGCGCGGGAGACUCGGCGGAGCCGCGUCCAUCGGGACCGAGGGGGUCGGCCCAGCGCGGCACUCGGCCGCACACGGCGCCGGCGCUGAACGCGACGGCGUUGAACGCGACGGCGUUCGGAGCGAGGGCACGGCCCUGCUCCUGGAGGGACAGCCUGGCCGACCUCUCCGUGUUCUGGGAGCUGCAGUACUCGCCCUCGUACCGCAGCGCGGCCGCGGGGCCCGCGCCGACGCCGCAGCUGCCACCGGCGCUCCCGACGAGGGCCGCCUCGGACGUGUCCGACGCCGCGGGCAGCAGCGGAGGCGAGGGCAAAGGUCGCCUGAAGGGGGCGGCAGGCCAGGAACAGGGGGCGGCCGCAGCGGGCGGCUUCGCGAGCCCAGUCCCGCGCGACGGUGCCGAGGAAGGAGCAGUGAGCGCCGUGCCGCUCGUGCUGCGGGGUUUGACACUCCGAAGGGAGAUGCAAUCAAAGAAUAUCGCUGGGUGCUGUUCUGCAAAUAUGAUGCAUUUGAAUGCACAGACGCGAUAUGGACACACGGCCUCAACACUGACCCCAGCCUCGACACUGACCCACAGCCUCAACACUGACCCACAGCCUCAACACUGACCCACAGCCUCAACACUGACCCCCAGCCUCGACACUGACCCACAACCUCAACACUGACCCCCAGCCUCGACACUGACCCCCAGCCUCAACACUGACCCCCAGCCUCGACACUGACCCCCAGCCUCAACACUGACCCACAGCCUCAACACUGACCCACAGCCUCAACACUGACCCAUAGCCUCAACACUGACUCACAGCCUCAACACUGACCCACAGCCUCAACACUGACCCAUAGCCUCAACACUGACCCACAGCCUCAACACUGACCCACAGCCUCAACACUGACCCACAGCCUCAACACUGACCCACAGCCUCAACACUGACCCAUAGCCUCAACACUGACCCACAGCCUCAACACUGACCCACAGCCUCAACACUGACCCAUAGCCUCAACACUGACCCACAGCCUCAACACUGACCCACAGCCUCAACACUGACCCAUAGCCUCAACACUGACCCACAGCCUCAACACUGACCCACAGCCUCAACACUGACCCACAGCCUCAACACUGACCCAUAGCCUCAACACUGACUCACAGCCUCAACACUGACCCCCAGCCUCAACACUGACCCCCAGCCUCAACACUGACCCACAGCCUCAACGCUGACCCCAAGCCUCAACACUGACCUCCAACCUCAACACUGACCCCCAGCCUCAACACUGAGAGUCUUUGGCGUCUGUGGAUCCGAGCGCACGCAGGGACGUGUGAACCCCGUGAGGGCAGCGACCUUUGCUGCAGGCAGGAGGAGCCUUGAGAGAUGGAUCGAGUUUUCAACUUAAAAAAAAAAGUCAAAAUUCCGCCGCGCGACCGCGUCGCCGUGGAUCGGGAGAGCACCACGCCACAAACGUGAACACAGAGAUAGCUCGGCAGAGCCACGAGUCGAGAAAUAAAUCUUACACAGCACACCCGGCAGUCAGAGAUUGGCAUGUCUUUAAUUGCAAUGUAAAGCAGCCUUAAUAGAAAGGAUGGUUCGAGUGAUAUAUUAAUCUGCAUCUGUAAAAGCAUUCAAUUUAAUAUAAAGACAUCGUCAAGACCAUUUAUGCAUAGUCAAUUGUGUACGAGUAGUUUUGAAAUACAUUUUUCACGAAAACUGAUGGAACAAUUAUUAUAUCCCAAUUGCGUCAUCAUCGGUGUCGUAUCACGAGAUGAAACAUUGCGCCCCGUUUGAAGAAAAUUCCAUCACGUCGGAGAACGGCGGCCUAGCAGAUGGUACCGCACAACUCCACCUGGGAUCAUUUCAUCCAGACCCUGCUCCUUUAUGCCAUCAUCAUCAUGACCACCAUCAUCAUCAUUGUCGUCAUGGUCAGCUACGAUGGUUCCACUGUUGGAUGAAGGCCUGCCUAGACCGCCACCACCGCCUCUCACCAUCCCACCUGAUGCAGCAAUCCCAUGGCACGUGAACAGAUUUCGUCGCUCUAUCUCCCCAGUGGCGUCCUCCUGGACACUUUCCAUUGCUCGGCUGCUGCUCCGUUAUUAUUCCUGACCGUUGUCCGUCGUCCCUCCUCGCGUCCUGUCCAAGAGCCGCUUGCAUUUCUCAAUGACGCUUCAGACGUAAUUGUUUUUAAAAUAAUAAUUAUCAUCAGAGACGCAGCACUAGCACAAUUCUCUGAAGACGCGGUGGUCUUUAGCAAAGCCUUGCGGACCAGACACAAUUGUGCCAGUCUUGUACCUAAAUUGUGAUAUAAUUGAUGUUCUAAAUAAACGUGGGAGGUGUAUGUUAGAGUUAUGCACGGCAAAGAAACGUCGUUGUGAGUGAACACACACGUGGAUGAGCUCGCUUGGCUUUCUGCUGUAUCCAUAGGAGCGCACAGGUAUCCCUCGAUUCAUCAACGUUCGGUUUACCUAAUUUCGCGUGAAUGCAAUUGACAAAUUAUGGACACUUUUGGAUUAUUGAAAUCGAAUUUCCUCGUUAAUGAAAUUUCACUUCGGCACGCACCGCGAGAUCAUUGGGCAAGAAGCAGCGGGGAGGCGACCUCAUCCAUCCUCGACAGCGUCACGGUGUCCAUGCAGUGCAGCGCCAACGCCGCCACCGUGUCAGUCAUGCCAACAUGCAGGAGAGUUGCCUCAAAAGGUUCAUUAUUUUUAUUAAAAUUAUUCAAUCGUUUCAUAAUUUCUGUUCUUUAUCAUUAUUUUCUCUUGUGAAAAAUGUUAUAGGUGUAUAUAUUUAGGUGAGGCAUAGAGUUGGAAUAAAAUGUUCGUAUUCAAUUCGUGGAAAAUCAAUUUCCGAUUUACGAAAUUUCGUUUUCCGCUUGUUUUUUGAAAAACGCAUCCCUGUCGUAAAUUGAGCGAUACCUGUUUUAUUGUAAUGCUGGUAUAUUGCAAGCUCAUGUGCAUAAGGACUAUUAAGCUGAUACAAAGCUUUCCAUUAAACAUCAUCAGAUUA